AUGCUUCAUGGAGAGAUACGAAGUGAAGAGCAGAAUUGGAGCAACUUGGAAAACGAAGAAAUUAUCCUCUACACAAAAAUGAUCGAUAGUCCCGAGUCUGGAACACAAGAUUACUCUCUACCGAAAAGCAAUCAAUUGCCCAUUCAUAGUGAUCAAUCGCUUAACCCACCUGAUCUCUGCAAAGAUGUUUCUGAUCCGAGUCCCACACCUACAAACAAUACAGAACAACAAGAUGAAGACCCCCAUUCUAACUCAACAGUACCAAUAGACCAAUCUCCUGAGAAUAUCCUUAAGAAUCGUGGAAAGACACCAAAUCGUUAUUCACUUGACAUUGGCAAUACAUCAAAGUAUCCAAUUGCGAAUCAUGUAACUACUGAGAAGCUGUCUGAACCACUCAAGGCCUUUGUGCAUCAGUUGUUUGCUAUUCAUAUCCCAACCAAGGUUGCUGAAGCAUUUAAAGAUCUUAAGUGGGUGUUUACCAUAAAACACAACGAUGAUGGAUCUAUCGAGCAAUACACGGCAAGACUUGUGGCGAAAAGGUACACACAUACUUACGGUGUAGAUUAUGAAGAAACCUUUGCACCUGUUGCAAAAUUGAACAUAGUCAGAGUCUUAUUGUCCCUCGCAGCUAAUUUGGAUUGGCCACUACACCAGUUUGAUGUAAAGAAUGUCUUCCUACAUGGAGAACUCACGAGGGAAGUGUAUAUGGACAUUCCUCCUAGAUAUAAUACUACUAAGACUGGAACAAUAUGUAAAUUACAAAAGGCGUUGUAUGGAUUGAAACAGUCACCACAUGCAUGGUUUGGACGGUUCACCAUGGCAAUGAAGAACAAUGGUUUUAGACAGAGCAUCUCAAAUCAUACUUUGUUCUUGAAACAUCAGAAAGGGAAGGUAACAACUUUAGUAAUCUAUGUUGACGACAUGAUUAUUACUGGGAAUGAUAAACAUGAAAUAUCUCAACUACAAGACUAUUUGGCUACUGAAUUUGAGAUAAGGAAUCUAGGUGGACUCAAAUAUUUCUUGGGGAUUGAGGUGGCCCGAUCACAACAAGGCAUAUUUCUUUCUCAAAGGAAACAUGUCUUGGACUUAUUGACAGAAAUAGGAAUGCUAGAUUGCAAACCUGUAUACACUCAUAUUGUUCAAAAUCAUCAUCUUGGAGAAUACCCAGAUCAAGUUCUAACUAACAAAGAAAGAUACCAGAGGUUAGUGGGAAGAUUGAUUUACUUGUCUCAUACUAGGCCAGACAUUGCUUAUGAGAGGUUGCUUACUAAACUUGAGUAUAAACCUACAUCUGUAAUGAAUCUCUUUUGUGACAAUAAGACUGCAAUAGCUAUUACACAGAAUCCAGUUCAACAUGAUCGCACCAAACAUGUUGAGGUUGGAAGGUAUUACACGGAAUACCAUGACCCGUUUAAUAAACUAGUUAAACAGGUUUCGCGUUGUGUAACGAGUCGUAUCGGAAAUUGUCACCCCUAA